GGAGAAAUCAGUGAUGUAUAGAAAUGAGUAUUUUAAUAAAUUACAUUUCAAAAUAUUAUUUCUUGUAAUUCAUACACACAGUAGCUUACGAAUAUUUUAUUGAGGCCCUCUAAAAGCUGGCAGGUGCUAGGACCUCAUGGAAGUCCUACUCCUUUAGUAGGAGGGAAGACAUUGCCCCAUGGGGCGUGGCACCAUGCAAGCAGGUACAGAAAAGCCAGUUCUUCUACCUGUAAGCUAAUGAGACUCCAUCUCAGCUCUCUCCACACCAUCUCCAAAACAUCAGCAGCUUCUACACUUGCUCCUUAAACCAAAAGCAUGUUUCUUGCAAAGGCUUUAUUGGAAGGGGCAGAUCGAGGCCUUGGAGAAGCCCUUGGAGGCCUUCUUGGAGGAGGUGGUCAGAGAAGAGGAGGAGGAGGAGGAGGAAGAAAUAUUGGAGGGAUAGUUGGAGGAAUUGUGAAUUUCAUCAGUGAGGCUGCAGCAGCUCAGUACACCCCGGAACCACCUCCCACUCAGCAGCAUUUCACCAAUGUGGAGGCCAACGAAAGUGAGGAAGUUCGUCGGUUUCGACAACAGUUUGCACAGCUGGCAGGACCGGACAUGGAGGUGGGCGCCACUGACCUGAUGAAUAUUCUCAACAAAGUCCUUUCUAAACACAAGGAUCUGAAGACUGAUGGCUUUAGUCUGGACACCUGCCGGAGCAUUGUGUCUGUAAUGGACAGUGACACGACCGGCAAGCUGGGCUUCGAAGAGUUUAAGUACCUCUGGAACAACAUCAAGAAAUGGCAGUGCGUUUAUAAGCAGUAUGACAGGGACCGCUCUGGGUCCCUAGGAAGUUCUCAGGUGCGCGCGGCUCUGCAGGCAGCCGGGUUCCAGCUGAACGAGCAACUUUACCAAAUGAUCAUCCGCCGAUUCGCCGAUGAGGAUGGAAGCAUGGAUUUCAACAAUUUCAUCAGCUGCCUGGUCCGCCUGGAUGCCAUGUUCCGUGUCUUCAAAUCCCUGGAUAGAGAUGCAGAUGGCCUAGUUCAAGUGUCCAUCCAAGAAUGGCUGCAGCUGACCAUGUACUCCUGAAGUGGGUGCCGAGAAGCCAGCGCCCAACGAGGACGGGACUCCUGAAAGCCCAGCCAUGCUGUCUGCACGUUGGCUCAUACCCUGUCCUGGAGCUGUCGUUUCCUGUGAGCUCCUACACCAGCUUGCAUGCUUCGAACUGGGGCUGUCCUUUACCGCUUAAUUAAAACAUAUUUUUUAUGAAAAAUAUUCCAGGUGGUUUGUAUGUCAGGUUUUUGAGAUACUGAAUGUAUAUGAUGGGGCGGGGGAAUGUGGGGCAGAGCCCCAGUCAAGUAGAUUUUAAUAGAGCAUUGCUUAUUUGGUGAGUGAAUUCCAAGGAGCAGGAAAUUUGUUGUUACUGAGAAUGAAAUUUUGAAAAAAUCUUGGAAUAAAUCAAAAAAGCCCUCAAGAGAUCUAUUUUUUUUCCCCCUUUAAAAAGGUGAGGAGGGGGAAGCCUGGGUGGCUCAGCGGUUUAGUGCCGCCUUCAGCCCAGGGCGUGAUCCUGGAGACCUGGGAUCAAAUCCCAUGUUGGGCUCCCUGCAUGGAGCCUGCUUCUCUCUCUGCCUGUGCCGCUCUCUGUGUCUCUCAUGAAUAAAUAAAUAAAAUAUUUAAUAAAAAAUAAAUAAAUAAAUAAAAAUAAAAAGGUGAGGAGGAGAGAAGUUCAAAAUCUGUUUUUCCUCACAUCUGGUCUUUCCAUUAUGUAAAUAAAUAAAUAAACAAAUAAAAAGUGUUUUCCUGGAAACCUAUUUAACCGUAUAGAAACAGGUUCAGAAAUGAGAAAAGCAAUUUCACAUAAGGUAAGUAGAUAAACAUUUUUAAUGGUAGAGCAACUGUCUAAAAUUCCAGAAUUCUUUAGUCCUGUUUCUCUAGUAAGAUAAGCAUGAAGCAAACUUGUUUUGCUUUGAUUUGUUUGUAAAAAGGGUUAGGGCAUUGGAGAAUAAAGGGUGGAUCCGUAAUCUAAAAUGUCACUCUUAAUCAUUCUUACAUGUGCUUCAUACAAAAUCAGGCAUGCCCGGCGCGUGUUGGCUGACUGGUUCUUGUCAUGUCUUGCCCUGCCCCAGAGCUUGGAAUGGUUUUUUUGUUGUUGUUCCUCUUGAAAAACUGCAGACAGAAGAAAUGUAACCAAAGGAGGAAAAAAAAAAAAAAAGGAAGGG